GUUCAGUGUAAAUAUCACACUAGUUAAACGAAUUACUCUCCGGUGAUGACUUCCAAACCAACGGCUCCAAAGCCAUUUGUCUUCCCGGUGAUGAAGAAAGCCAUUGAAGAUCUCUUCACGAAACCCAUCAUCACUAAGGAGGAUGUCGAGGCGUUUCAAGACCGGUACUGGGAACAGUUGGUCCCCAAUUUUAGUCAAGCCCUCAAGCUGCUUGAUAUUCACGGGGUUCCCAGGCAUAACAUAUUGUGGAGCAUCAAUGACCGACUUCUGGACGCCAUCAAAGCAGGUGUAGAGGCAAAAUGUGAAGAUCCAGAUCAGAGAAAAUGUCAGAAGUUGUGGCAAAAGCUUAUCAAAACUGGAAUGGUUUACAUUCAUCAUCCGUACAUGCGUGCACUCAUAAUGCAGGUCCUUGGUAAAAUGAACGCUAUCAAAGAGAGACACGUCAAUAUGAUUGUGGACAAUCAAUACUUGUAUGACGAUGCCCCCUUGCCUGUUUUGCGGCAUAUCUGGGUCGCACACCCACACAAGUUUCAAGAAGAACUGGACAAGGUCAUUGCCAGAUUUCAAAACAGUUGGUCUGAUGCAUUGCUAGAUGCUCUGUCCAUGGGAAUCACCUCAACUGCAUCGUCUACCGCUGACCUGUUACCCUUACUUUACUGGCCACCUAAACGCCGUCGCCGGGAUACAGCGAUUAUCCGCAUGGUCGAAAUGAUUGGUGAUGGACAAACCCUGUACGAUAAGACCGUCACCUUCCUGCGGGAUCAGUGUGUCCGUUUGGAACAAGCAGCUUCUAACCUUGCUCUGGGAUUCACAAACCGAGAGGCUUCGGCCGAGCCGAUAACACCACCUCCCAAACGCCGUCGUCGUUUAGACUCCACUGAAAGCCCAGCAGAAAGAGCCCGGCAAACGGAGACUCCCACAUCCGGAAUUGUUCCUUUCACACCUCCAGCCUUUUUACCCAACCAACCUGCUGUGGUGUCUACUCUGUUGUCCACAAUCCGUUUCGACUUAUUGAUGAGUCUGAACGAGGCAAAAAUCGACAGGCUUUGUGUCCCGGAUCGCAUACAUCAAUUUGUUUGGUGCCUUGAUGCCUGUGUACGAAAUAGGCGAAUCGACCAGCGGCACGCCAGUGGUCUAGCCUACCACUUGACGGUUCAGCGUCAACGGGCGAAGAAGAUGGAUGCUGCUGCUAGUGAGCAAUCAGGUGAUACUGACGAAGAGUCUGGAAGCCAUCAUGAAUCGUCUUCCAAGGUUGGGUCUGCUCGUUCCAGAUCAAGCAAACACAGUGCUGGGACAAGUUCUAAAACCGGUUACAAGAAGUCCUCCUCGGAAGGCCCAGCGAACACAGAAGAAACUGAUGGAUCAGAAGCAGUGACAGAAAGUCAGCUGCUCGAAAUGGAUAUACAUAUGGCUUGUCGGGACCCAUGGGUCUUGUACACUAUUUGCACUUCCCUUAUUCGGUACAUCCUGAACGGGUUAUACGAGAACAAAUUGCCCCGAGAAAUACCUGAAGUUAGUUUGCUGGUGCACUUUCUCAUCUUGGGUGUCGGCGACGACUUCACUCAGCACCUGUCUCCUCGCAGACAACCUUGGCAAGGGAAAGACUGCUUUGGGUCAAAGAAAGGCUCUCAGAAUACAGAUGAGGGAUGUGCGAUUCCGAAAUCUCCUUCGAAGGCGCUUAUUGGUCAUGUGUUGCCUGCUGUAGCGCAACUUCAAGUACUCACUUGGCGAGCUCAAGUUGCUGAACAAAUUAUCGCGUCUAGUAGCAAUGUUUGGCCAGGAGCUGGUAUCAGUUCCUCACUGCUCAGCCCAGGUGGCUCCUCACAGCCUGCUCGCCGUUGCUCCUCGGGUGGUACGACUGAGGCACGUGAGUCUACUCAACCUCCGGCCGCGCUACAGAAGCAAAUUACAGAUGCAACCAACUCAACAACUGUAGCAGUCCCAAGCGACUACUUUGCACACCCGAUCGGUUACUUGAUUUUGCAAUAUCAUACCCUAUUCGCACUGGAGCGAAAUGAGGUAUCUGUAUUGCGAGCAUUGCUAAAAGCAGCCGCAAACGUGGUACAACAACAGUUACGGGCGACCCGUGCCAACAAAGCAUGUGCGGGUAAAAUUGGACCUUCUUCCCCGCCUUCUCCGCUUGACCCCGGUACGCCUCAGAUACAGUUUCGUUGGCGGCCCGAAGUACUCCAGGCCCUUGUCCUUGGAAUCGCCCGACUGCCACACUCCGUUCCGGCUUUUGUUGACGUAAGCCGUGGUAUUCAUGGAUCGUCCAGCACGGGAUCUGUUGGCAUGGUUGAUAAUGCCAACCAAAUGGAAACCGGCAAUAGUAGUUCAGAUGCUGCGGAUUCGGAGUUGCUAGGCCCUGGUCCUAUUUCUGUUGGUGCUGGUGAUUCGGGAGCUACUUCGGGUACUGCAGGACAAGUUAGAUCCGCUUCUGGCAGCGGGCACGGUGGCCUGCUUUCUGACAGUCGCGUGAUUUCAUCCAGUACUAUGAUCACACGUGCUGAGCUCGCUACACUACUGAGAGCCAGCCUCACCUUAGUGGGUGACUUGCAGUUGCUGGCGUUGGCUCAACUGGCUCUGUUGGUUCCAGGUCCUAGUGCCUCUGCAUCUGCUUGUUCCAACACCAACGCGUCGUUGCUAUCUUCAACAGACACUGGUCCGUUAGAACCUCUAUCUCCUGUUAUGACUGAGCGUGAACGAUUGACGAAUACCUUAGCUCGACAUUGUACGUCUGUCGCGGUCUCCGAUACACCUGUUCCCACUGAAGCUGCUCCGUCGGUAGCGACGACAUCUGGUCCGUACAAAUCUACCGACCCUCGCGUCUUACAAGCGUUGGAUUUCCUGCGAAAGUUAGCUCGACAUUGUACGUCUGUCGCGGUCACCGAUACACCUGUUCCCACUGAAGCUACUCCAUCGGUAGUGACGACAUCUGGUCCGUACAAAUCUACUGACCCUCGCGUCUUACAGGCGUUGGAUUUUCUGCGAAAAGAUAUCGACCGAAGUCUGGUUCCCCCAUCUUUGCCCCUUACCCCAACCGGCCUGCCUGGUCCAAAGUCUAUCCCUUUUCCCUACAAUCAACCAACUCCUUUCAGUGGUUCCGGUUCCAGUGGGUCCUCAACUCGUUUCGCUGGAUUUCAAGUUCCUGCUCAGCCGGACUCCGUAACUUGGGCAGGUGCUACACCCCGUAGUCCAUCAUCGGACAGAAAGGGAUCACGAUUCCCUCAGUCAUCCUUUUCAACCACAUCUCGAUUCGAUUUCAAGAGUUAUGGUGUCCCCUCCUCUUCGUUUUAUUCAUCCUCGUCAUCCGUCGGACCACAGCUACCCAUGGGCACACCACUCACUAAUCCAGGCUUGAUGGGUGCCACACCCCAUCUGAAUAAUCUUGCACUCGGGCAUGGCAUGAUGCCACCCACCCCGCGGCGUCCUUCCACACCACCACGAGAGUUCCGUCCCUCCAGUCCUCUGCUUACGAACUCCAGUGUUGGUCAGUCAAGUUCGAGUUUGGGCGCAUUCGGUGUAUCCGCUCAACAGUUCGGUGCGGAAUUCAGCACUUCCUGUCCGUCACCGUCGAUUCACAGAUCAGCCAACAACGGGAGUACUACCAGUGGGUCCGUUUCUGGCAUAGGCUAUUCCAGACCAAGGUCACCUUCACCUCCCGACAUGUGAUCUCAUCGAUUCUGUUGUGAAACUCAGUCUACACGGUUUCUUGGUGACCUCAUCGUUUUCUACUAAGUGGAGCAUACACGUUCACUGUCAAUCGAUCAUUUUGAUGCACACGUCUCCAGCCGUUCUUAUGUUUGAUUUGUAUUUCUAUUACACCGAAAAUUCAUGCCUUG